AUGAGUAAAGUCUAUGAUUGGUUCGAAGAACGUCUUGAGAUUCAGGCGAUUGCCGACGAUAUAACUAGUAAAUAUGUUCCUCCUCAUGUCAAUAUAUUUUAUUGCUUAGGAGGAAUUACACUUACUUGUUUUUUAGUGCAAGUAGCGACGGGUUUUGCUAUGACUUUUUAUUAUCGUCCGACCGUUACGGAGGCUUUUGCUUCUGUUCAAUAUAUAAUGACCGAGGCUAACUUCGGUUGGUUAAUCCGAUCAGUUCAUCGGUGGUCGGCAAGUAUGAUGGUCUUAAUGAUGAUCUUGCACGUAUUUCGCGUGUAUCUCACCGGUGGUUUUAAAAAACCUCGCGAAUUGACUUGGGUUACGGGUGUAGUUUUAGGUGUAUUGACUGCAUCCUUUGGGGUAACUGGUUAUUCCUUACCUUGGGACCAAAUUGGUUAUUGGGCAGUAAAAAUUGUAACAGGUGUACCCGACGCUAUUCCUGUAAUAGGAUCUUCGGUGGUAGAGUUAUUGCGAGGAAGCGCUAGUGUGGGACAAUCUACCUUGACUCGUUUUUAUAGUUUACAUACUUUUGUAUUACCUCUUCUUACUGCCGUAUUCAUGCUAAUGCACUUUUUAAUGAUACGUAAGCAAGGCAUUUCCGGUCCUUUAUAG